UUCUCUCUGUGCUUGAGCAAGAUCCUUGGAGGUUAAUGGCCGCUUUCUAGUGUUGGUGGCUAUAUCUCUGCAGGAACCCUCUUCCAACCUUCAGAAGCGUUUUAAGGACCCUGGGACCGUUACAGUGACGCCCUGCCUACCCAUUUACCCGGUUGUUUUUUCUUCCCUUUGCGUUUUCUGCCACUGAGAACUAAUCCCUAUUGAUGGUCCUCAUCAAUGCAAUAAGCUGAAAAGGGGUGACACAUCUCACUCAUUGCAAAUCUGCAUCUCACCGCUCUGCGGUCCUAUUUAUAUCCCUCACGUAUGCACCACUGAGAGAAAGGGAGGGAGCGAGAGAGAGACUCGGUUGCGGCAUAGAGAGGAAGAAGGAAGAAUGGCAGGGACAGAGAACGGAUGGUUGGGACUUCGUAGAUAUGCAUUGUGGGUGCUCUGCAUGGCCGUUUUAUGUUUGAACAAAGGCGGAGUAGUGGCCUUUGAGGAGUUGAAUGUGACAGAGAUCCCACAAUGGGUUGCCGAGUAUAGUACCACUCCUGUCAUGGUGCCCUUAACCCUCGUAGCUGGUGCUGCUGCAAAAGGAGCAGUCUGCCUGGAUGGAACUCUGCCUGGUUAUCACCUCCACCGUGGAUUUGGUUCAGGUGCUAAUAGUUGGCUCAUCCAAUUGGAGGGUGGAGGUUGGUGUAACACCAUUAGGAGCUGUAUUUUUCGUAAGACAACUCGUCGUGGUUCAUCAAAAUUCAUGGAAAAACAACUUCCAUUUACUGGAAUUCUAAGCAAUAAUCCUGCAGAAAAUCCUGACUUUUUCAACUGGAAUAGAGUAAAGAUUCGCUACUGUGAUGGUGCAUCUUUUAGUGGGGAAGGUGGAGAUAAGGUUUCAAACCUUUACUUCCGUGGACAGCGCAUCUGGUUGGCUGCAGUAGAGGAUCUAAUGUCAAAAGGCAUGCGUUAUGCAAAGCAGGCUCUUCUCUCAGGAUGUUCUGCUGGGGGUUUAGCAUCCAUAUUACACUGUGAUGAAUUCCAUGAAUUAUUUCCAAGGGGGACACGAGUCAAAUGCCUUAGUGAUGCUGGAUAUUUCAUGGAUGCGAUUGAUAUUGCUGGUAGACGCACGAUGAGGUCGUUUUUUGAAGGUGUUGUCAAUAUUCAGGGUUCAGGAAGGAACUUGCCAUCUACUUGUACAUCAAAAGAGGAUCCAACUUCUUGUUUCUUCCCCCAGAACUUGGUGGCUAAUAUCAGAACCCCUUUGUUUCUCUUGAAUGCUGCAUAUGACUCUUGGCAGCUCCAGGCUAGUUUGGCUACUCAACCUUCUGAUCCUCAUGGUCACUGGACCGCCUGUAAAAUGAAUCCUGCACAUUGUGAUGCUUCACAGAUUGGAUUUUUGCAAGGUUUUAGGGUGUCGAUGCUUAAUUCUAUGAGGAGGUUUUCUUCAUCUAGGCAAAAUGGUCUGUUUGUGAACUCAUGCUUUGCACAUUGUCAAUCAGAGAGGCAAGACACUUGGUUUGCAGAUGGUUCUCCUACAAUUGGAGGCAAGAAAAUUGCAGUUGCUGUUGGGGAUUGGUAUUUUGAACGAAGUGAGAUAAAAGAGACGGAUUGCGCUUAUCCUUGUGACAAAACCUGCCAUAAUCUUAUAUUUUCGAAUCUUUGAUUGGCAAGUCCAUUUCUUCCAUUCAUACAAGCUGUGAAUUUCUACAAGAUGAUCAAUAAAGUCGGAGCUUGCAUUCUACAGAAUGAAGAUGGUGAAUAGGCUCAUGAAAUUAGAAAACUAUUUAAAGCAUUUAUUGUAAGCAGCGUUGUAACAUCACGGGUGUUCAGUAUCAUUUUUUAUGUCAUUUUUUAUGUGAUGGUUUGAUUGGUGAUUUUUUAAAGCUGAAUGACAAUAUCCUGAUAAUUGAAGGUCAUAUAUAUAUAUAUGACACUGAAGUCAAUGAAGUGCAGUUUAAAGAUGACA